AUGUCCACCUACAACCCCCAACACCUCGGCAGCUCCCCCUUCAACCACAACGGCCCAACCUCCUCCUCCUCCGAACAAGAAUACGACCGCCUCCGCUCCCUCGCCCGCCAAGAACAAAGCCAACACCAACACUUCGCCGCCGAAGCCCGCCAAGCCUACUCCCGCGGCGACGGCAGUCUCGCGCAUUCGGCCUCGGAAAAAUCCAAACAACACGCCGCGCAAGCCGACGCCUACAAUCACCAAGCAUCGGAAUUUAUCUUUCGCGAAAAUAAUUCUGUGGGAAAAGUUGCCGCGGAUACGAUUGAUUUGCAUGGGCAAUUUGUGGAAGAGGCCGAGGAGAUUUUGGAACAGAGAAUUCGUUAUGCCACGCAGACGAAUCAGACGCAUUUACAUGUGAUUGUGGGAAAGGGGAAUCAUUCUCCGGGACAUGUGCAGAAGAUUAAACCGCGAGUGGAACAAGUUUGUCGGGAAUUGGGUUUGCGCUUUCAUACCGAAGCGAAUGCGGGGAGGAUUUUUAUUGAAUUGCAACCCGGUGGUGGGAAUGGCGGUGCAGGAAGCGGAGGGCAUGGUGGUGGUUUGGAUCAGGGAUAUGAUUAUGAUUCGCAUCAUCAACCGCAACAUCAGAAUUAUGGCCAGCCGCAUUAUCAGACGGCGUAUCCCAUGGGGAAACCUCCCACGUAUGGAUAUCAGCAAGGGCAGCAGCAGAUGCAAUAUGGUGGAGGACAACAGGGCUAUCCGGGACAACAACAACCUCAGCAGCAAAUGGGAUAUCAGGAGCCGCAACAGCAGCAGGAUAUGGGAAUCAAGAUUUGUGGAAUCAAGAUUUGUGUGGUUAUGUGAGAGAAUAUGUGGGAUGGAAUCAUGUGAGAGAAUAUUUGGAUUUAGGUGGGAUCAUGUUGAGUCUUUUGGUUGUUGGAAUAUACAAUGUCAUAUCAGAGAAGCGCGAAAUAUAUACCCCUGGCGAGAAAGUGGAUUGCGCAGGCGAAUUGGGAGCAGGCUUGUAUAUGCCGAAUAUCAAAUAUUGUCAGAUAAGUGGCAGAGAAGAUUUUUUAUGAGCAACAGUAAAGGCAUCUGCAUGUUCAAGUCUAC